AUGAUGGGAUUGGGGGGCAUAAGAGGGGAGUUAAUUUAUAACAGAACCUCGUAUACCCCAAGAACAUACAUCAUCCGUAAAGGAAUAAAUAUACUGCCGCUGAGUAAUUUGUGUUCCAGAGACUUGACGGCAGUCAAAAUAAAGACGGCUGGCGGGGGCGGAACUGAGGAAAUCGUCAUUGUAUCAGCAUACCUUCCUUACGACAGUCCGGAACCACCACCAACCAGGGAAGUGGAGGAGUUGGUUAGGGCCUGCCAAGCAGAGGGACUACAACUUAUAAUUGGCUGUGAUGCCAAUGCACACCAUCUAACCUGGGGAAGCACAAACACCAAUGAAAGAGGUGAGCACUUACUACAGUUUAUUAUGGCAAAUAACUUGGACAUUUUGAACAUAAGCAAUAAACCUACUUUCGUAAAUGCGAGAUGUAGUGAAGUGAUAGACGUAACGAUAGGAACUACAUUUGUAAGUAACUACGUUCGGAAAUGGAAUGUGUCCGAUGAGGAAAGUUGUUCAGACCAUCGACACAUAAACUUUGAAAUCGGGGGGAUUCAGACCUCGAUCCUAACAUAUCAAAAUCCUCGGAAAACAAACUGGGGAGCCUAUACGGUGGACCCGGAAACCUGUUUAGAUCGCAUGGAUUUUGACAUCCAUUGA